CAGUAGCACAAAACUGUAAUAAUCACACAACAACAACAACAAAAGAUAAAACCACAUUUAAAAAAAAAAUUCCAGCUUGCAAAAAAAAAAAAAAAAGAAAAAUGGAAGUAAUUACAGAGGUAGAGCAGAGAACAAAACCUGAAAGAGAAUGAAGGGUUGUUAAAGAGGAAACCAACAGAAUAUUUCAGGUUGUAAAAAGAAAAAAAAAAGAUUUGGGUUGUUAUUCAAAGUUGUAUUUUUUGGGUUUUUUGAUCUGUUGUUGAAUUUGGUUUUAUUUGGGUUGAAGCAGAUCCAAGUGUUUUUUUAAAAAGUUUGCAACUUUGAAGUUUUUUGACAACAUAAUUUAAAGGAAAGAUCUUCUUCAUUGAGUAAAUGCUGAAAAGGGUUUGACUUGAAGCCUUACAAGUAACAAGUUCUUAUCUUUUUUCUGGAAUACUUCUUCAAUUGGCAUAUUGAAUUGUUUGAGUGACCCAAAUUUUGUGGGUUUGUACCAUCAUGAAAGCUAGACUGGGUUAGUUCUGAUUUAGAAGACUGUUUAUCAGUGCAAUUUAUCGAACCGAGCACAGUCUGUGGGUUACUGGGGCCGAGUUUCUGGUAUUCGAAGUUUGCUUGGUUGUUGGUGGCAUCAGGGUUGUAUGUUGUAUGGAUUGGUUUGUGUGAUAAAAAACUAAAGCACAUUUAAGGCAUUCAGGAUGCCUCCUUCUCCGUCCUUGAGGCGUUCACCUGUUUCUGACCCGCGUGGAGAUAGCCAUAAGAGGGGGCGAAGUCUUGAGAAUGGGCUGUCUUUUAAAGAAAGAGAUGAUGAUCUUGCUCUAUUCAAUGAGUUGCAGAGCAAAGAAAGGAAUAAUUUUCUUCUUCAAACAACGGAUGAUUUUGACGAUAUAUUAUCUUCGAAAGUGAAGCCUUUCCCGGAUAUAAAGCUCGGAAUCAAUAUACCGGUUCGAGGAGAGACUAGUGAUUUGCUCAAUGCAGAUGGCAACAAGAAUGAUUACGAAUGGUUAUUAACUCCUCCAGACACUCCUCUUUUUCCUUCGUUGGACGAUGAACCUGUUCCUGUUAACCUUGUACAUAGUGGUAGAACACGAAGUCGGCCCAUCUCCAUUUCAAGAUCAUCUACUAUGGAAAAAAGUCAGAGAAGUAGUAGAGGCAGUCCUAGUCCGCAGCGUUUCAGUCCAUCUCCUCGGUCAGGCAGUAGCACGUUUCGUGGAAGACCAUCUUCUGCUCCUCAUUCAAAUCCUGCAUCUUUACGUGCUAGCUCUCCAUCACGAAAACCAUCGCCCCCCCCAGUCAAAUCGUCAACUUCUCCUUCAAGAUCUCAUAGAACUGCUGGAUCAUCUGGAUCUAUUGCUGCAUCAGGGAUGAGGGGUAUAUCCCCUGUAAGAACUAGUCGGGGAAAUUCCGCGUCACCAAAAACCAGGGUGUGGCAAUCGAACAUUCCUGGAUUCUCCUUGGAGGCACCUCCGAAUCUCCGUACUUCUAUAGCUGAUCGACCUGCAUCAUACGUUAGGGGAUCUUCACCGGCAUCUAGGUCUAGCCGAGGCAGACAAUCUAUGUCUCCGACAACUAGAAGCAUAAGUUCAUCCCAUAGUCAAGAACGAGACAGGCUGAGCUCGCACAGUAAAGGUUCUAUAGCAUCGUCUGGUGAUGAUGAUGCAGACUCGUUGCAGUCCACAUCAUUGAGUUUCUCUGAGCGCCCAUUGUCAAGAAAAGGAGUGGCGGGAUUUCCCAGUGGAAGACCAAUGGCUCACUCUAAGAAACCCACAAAGACAAUUUCCUCUAGUUCUGCUCCCAAGAGAUCAUUCGAUUCUGCAAUGCGGCAAAUGGAUCGGAAAAGUCCUCAAAAUAUGUUCAGACCACUUCUAUCUAGCGUCCCGAGCUCUACCUUCUACUCUGGAAAAGCCACUUCUGCCAACCGCACCAUGAUAUCCAGGAACUCUUCCGUUACUACCAGUAGUAAUGCUAGUUCCGACCAAGUAAUGAGUGGCGCACAUGAUACCGAAGAUGAUGGGACAAGUGAAUAUGCUAAGGCACCUUUCUCUGAUGUUCAAGAUGAAGUAUUUUCCUUCGAAAAGAUGGAUGUUCCAAAUGAACACACUGGGCGUGAAGCGCAUAAUGCAUCUGAUGCUGGUGAUUCCCCAGGAUCUGGGCUUCAUGUUCGCACAGUGGAAGCUGCUGCAGCGGAUGUACGAGAUGUAUUAGUCUGUUGUAGAUGUGGCAGCCAGUAUUAUUUAAAUGAGCGGGCCGAAAAUGAAGAUAAUUUAUGCGUUGAAUGCAAACAGAAAGAGAUCCCGCACGAUACCUCAGCCCAUUUAUCGAAUGCUCUUGAGGAAUCGCGGGGAACACAUUCCGCACUGAUUGUCAGUGAUGCUGAUUUGAGGGAUACUUCACAAAAUGUUCUUAAUGCUGAGGAUGAUGUUUUCCGGCUUAGCGGAAGCUGCAUUCGUUCAAUGUCAGUCGGGGAGGAAAGUGGGGAGAUACAUUCUCAAAAGCAAAUAACGGAACAUGCAACGGUCAACGAUCCAUCUCAAACAUCCAACAGCUUGCAGAUGCAAAAAUGCUCAGAUAAAACCAACUGCAAUAUGAAUGUAGCCGAAGGUGCUGGGAUUUCGGUUCUUUUAUUAAACCGGUCCAGCAGUUUGAAAGGGCCGUUGAUUCACGGUAGGUCGAUCAACAGCAGCGCUAUAUCUUACGAUGAUCUAUCAUAUUCCAAAGACUUGACAAGUUCAAUGAGGAGCUCUUUUGGUCUUGGUAGUAUCUCUACUACAUCUUCCGUUGAUUUGACCUCCACUAGACAUGGAGAAGUUGUUGUGCAGAGACAAUUGAGUGGCAAGAGAUCUGAUGCAAGCUCAAAACAUCAAAGUACGGGAUCUUCCUUCUCGGGGACGUCCUUGCCGGUAUAUCAAGGUUUCGGACUUUCAACUAGUUCACGUGAUGGAAGUUGUGAAGGAUCGGUUGGCAACAUUAGGCAUAUUGCUGCUGGGGAUAUUCCUGGAUCGCCUUCUGAACAGGUGCUGGCUGUAGAAACUAUGGAAUUACACGACGCAGCUCCAUCGGUUUCUAGAACAAUGAUAGCCGGAGAUGACAGCAAUGACGUAUGUACAAGAUCUAGUGAAACAGAUCCUUCUAUAGCUGACCGUAUAGAAAGCGCCAAGUUCGAGGAUAAAUCUCGAGCUUCUGUGAGCAUAGAUGGUGGGCAUGCGUUUGAAUUUGAAGACCCGCCAAAGAGCACAGGAAACACUACUCGAGAUUUAGAAGAGAUGGUGUUCCUUGAAUCUUCUGUGGCAGAAGAAUCAGUAACAGACAACGGGUUAGGUCAAGUGGGUGAUACGGAAGAUCCUGUUCGAAGUUCUACAUCUACAAUGUCCGAGAUAGAGAUUAAUGAUUCCCAUCCUAGCUCCCCGAAAUCACAAAUUGAUGUGAUAUUUAGGGAAGAGCUUGAAUAUCCUUCAUCUACGACGCGUAACAAUGAAGAUGUGAAGGAUUCUUUUCUGAAUUGCAAAGGAAAUCAUGAUGAUGGAAUUGCAGAGGAAUCUACUGUGAUGGUGGAGGAACACGAAGGGAGGAGGACGAGAAGUCUUACACUAGAAGAAGCAACGGACACUAUUCUCUUUUGUAAUUCCAUCAUUCACGAUUUGGCAUAUAAAGCCGCUAGUAUUGCGAUUGAAAAAGAAAAGGAAAACUUAGAGCCAUUAGAAGGUUCAAAACCGACGGUUACUAUCCCAGAAAGACGUAGCUUUGACAGAAAGGAUCCUCUACCUCGUGGAAUCACCACUGGUAGAUCUCCGAAAACUCAAAAAGCUAGAAAACGACGUGCAACAACUGAAACGGAGGCAAAACCUCCUCUUACAGAAAAUGAGAAGUCUAAUGAACCUGUGGUUCGAAACAUUGGGCUUCCUAACAAUCUCGAUAGCAUGAAACCGCCCAAGUUGGAAUCAAAAUGCAACUGCACGAUAAUGUGAGUUGUUGAUCGUCAUAUAGGAAUUACUGGUACUUAGUAAGUCAAGUUUUUGUUUGAUAAUUGCAAAUUUUCGUUCUCUUCCAGAUUAUUAUUCGUAACAUAGAACACACGAUCGUGUGGGGGUGCAUAAUCUUGUAAAGUUUCUUGUCAAAUUAGGCUGAUAUUGUUAGAGAAAGAAGUAAUUAAGGUAUGUUCAUGCUCAAGUUACCACAUGAAUGUUUUAGUCACAUUCAAUUAUUUUCAAGUUGGAUUAGAAUAUGUUAUUGCCAUAUUUGUUUCAUUUGAUGCAUCAGCUAAGAGCUGGAAUAAAUAAAAGCGAGAUUUUUUUACUA